AUGACCCAGCGUGCCGAACUGGAAGACGAAUUCGCCGUUGAGCAGCGGCCUCUGGAUGCCCCCGACCUCGCCACGGCUGACGGUCCUGAAAGCCGUGUAGCUGCUGACGCUGUCCUCCCCCAUCUUGACCGUCAGGUUGUACAGCGUCGGGCUCUCUGGCCACCACAGCUUGGGCGAGUCGACGGUGAACUGGAACUGCGUGUUGGCAGAUCCCUUGCCCGACCCGACCUCGGCGCCGGAAGCGUCCGUGACCUUGACCUCGACCUCGGCGGCCGUCCCGUUGACGCUGCUGUGGGCCUUGACGGUGACCUUGCCGUCGCUGCCGGCCGCCACGUCGAGCUGCGUGAUGCUCCCGGACGCCGGCACCGACUCGAGCCAGACGGUCUGCCAGAUGCCCGAGCAGGCGCGGUAGAAGAUGUGCGAGGGCCGCACCGUCUGCUUGCCGACGGGCGCAAACGAGCCCUGCCUGUCGGUCGGGUCGCGCACCCACACGGUCAGGAGGUUGUCGGUGCCGUUGGUGGCCAGCGAGUCGGUGACGUCGACGCUGUAGCGAAAGUAGCCACCGACGUGCCGGGCCAGCUCCUUGCCGUUGACGAAGACGCGGCUCUCGUAGUCGACGGCCUCAAACCCUCGGGCACCGAGAACCGCCGCGCGAACCACAUGUACUCUGCGUCGAGCUCCUGCAGGCCCGAAAGCCCGCUCUCGACGCAGCUGGGGAUCAUGGUCUCCAUGUCCAGCAGGCCCGACGGCGGCGGCGACGCGCUGCUGCUCGAGUCCGUCUUGCGGAACGUCCAGAUGCCGUUGAGCGUCUGCCAGUCGGCGCGCUUGAGCAGCGGACGCGGGUGCUCGGGCCACGGGUUCGUGCCCAGCUUGUACGUCCAGUCCGUGUCAAGCGGUGGCUUCUUGACCUCGUACUUUACCGGGCCCUGCUGCCGGCUCUCCAGCAGCAUGGGCCUCUGCGGGUGA